GCAUUAAAUUAUUCAAAGAGUCCCUCACACAUUGAAUCCUUUCCCUUUCUUGACGUUACUUACUAUCUUCCAUCCGAAACAAAAACUAUUACCCCUUUUUGGAUAACUCCUUUUCCAUUUUCGUUCUUCAAUUUUCUUGUGAUCUUAAAAAUCUUUGAUGGGGAGAUUAUUUGUGUUGACUCUUGAAGGCAAGAUCUACAGCUGCAAGCACUGUGGAACUCAUCUUGCCCUUUCUGAAAACAUUGUUUCCAAGUCUUUCCACUGCAGACAUGGAAAGGCUUAUCUCUUCAGUAAAGUGGUGAAUGUCACUUCUGGCGAGAUAGAAAAUAGAAUGAUGAUGACUGGUAUGCACACUGUGGCAGACAUUUUCUGCGUCUGUUGUGGGUCAAUUGUUGGAUGGAAAUAUGAGACCGCCCAUGAGAAGAGCCAAAAGUACAAAGAAGGAAAAUCAGUGCUUGAGCGGUUUAAGAUUUGUGGCCCUGAUGGAAGCCAUUACUGGGAUAGUCAUGAUACUCAUGUUGCAGGAAGUGAUGCUGAUGGUGUUUGAUCACCAUCCAGAACAAAAAUUCUAUCCCAAAAUGUACAUUCUUUAACCCACCACCCCAUUAGUUCUUUAUGGACCAUUGGAUUCUUGAAUAGCUUAAGCUACUACAGCUUCUUUAAGAUUGUCCUCUAUUGUGUAUGAUAAUAUGGAAGCAGCCAUGUGUUGUUGCAAACUAACAUGACCAUCUGCCUGUAUUUGUUUGCAAUAACAAGACAUUACUAGUAGCAACCACUCUGCUUUCAUUGCUUCGAUCUUUC